CAUAUGUUUCGAGGUGGUGACGUUUGUCGAUUUUAUAACUGUGACUUUUUUGUUUGAUUUUUCGUUUCGUGUGCUGUGAAAAUACAAAAAGUUAAGAAUUCACAAAUGGGUGUUGUCGAAUCUGAUAGUUGUCAGAAUUGAAGCCGAUAAAAUUCGGUUUUGGGUGCCACGGAAAGCAAUUUUAUCGCCUUUGUAAUAAAGCAAGAAUAUAGUCGCUGACAGAUUUAAAUGUUUGUUUGUCUAUACGAGUAUAUACCCAAAAGACAGAAGUCACAUAUGGGAUCAAUUGUUCGAGCCAGAACCUUCCGGGAUGCUUUCUACAGUUAAUAUACGAUUACAUAAACAUGUAAGGGUGUGAGGAGUUUUGUUUGAAGAAGGAAAACUCUGCAAAUGGUUAUGUUAAGUUGUUUGUAUUAGUGCGUGCGAAUAUAAUUUAACAUAUGCAGGUUUGCUAACAACUUAACUAUUGAUCAUCAAAAACAGUCCAGGCACAGAAUAAAUGUAUAGCAGUAAAUCAUAUUUUGAAAUUGGGGUUUUUAUAAAAAAAAAACCUCUCCGCCUAUUUGCUUAUGUACAGUGGAAUGUAAGGCAGGUCGCCUCCACGCGGUGCAUUCUGGGUAACGCUAAAUGACCUGCGGCCUUCACGGCCUGUUAGACUACUACGGAUAUUUAACCCUGGAAUGACAUGGACUUUGCAUAUGAUGACUUUUAUUGGAUCUGGUUGAAUCCUGGGCUGGUGGCCGAAGUAUUCCGUUACUUCAGUAUGUAGGGGUGACACCCUGCAGAAAUGGCUGGCGGGCUAAUGCUGAGGCUGCCUCCGUCCCGUUAAAACCCUGGCAGGCCUCAGAGUACGUUCCUUUCCCGUCAUCAUUAAGUUGGUGUGGUAGGUGCAGGUUGAGAUGACUCCCUCUUUACGCUGGUCGGCUCUGAACGCAUAGCUUCAUAAGGGCAUGCGUCAACCCUCGCCUUGGCCUCGUAAAUGAGAUAACCUUGGGACCAUCAAAAGCGACUACCUUUCUGGGAAGUGGAUAGCGGCUCUGAGUGGGGACCCAUGAAACAUGAAUACUAAAAACUCAAAACAAAUGGACGAGGGAGAAGGUAGGUGGGAACCAACCUAUUCAAAAUUAGACAAUGUCUCAGGAUGGCUGUCAUUACCUAUGCGGACGGAACCGUUCUACACAAGAGGUAAUGCAAGUAUCUCCACAGAAACGUGGCUACUUCCCGCAGGAGGCGGUAAUUCAACGGGAGUAAACUGGAGCUUGCCCACAAGUAAUCCAAGUAAAGUUAAGGUGCGAGACGAAAUCGUCAGCAGGAGCAGAAGAAAAUCUGCUACGACUACUAGUAGUUCGCGAACCUCAGCAAACGCUAAGGGUACUGGUAAGAAAUACGUGUCAGCAGCUAGAAAGCUGAGGUCGGAUCGUCGCAUGGCAACUAAGAUUUUACUGCGCUAUGGGGGCAAAAACACUGAGCAAGAUUCUGAGCGGCAUGCUAGCACACUGGAGUGGGCUAAACGGGUACUGAGCGGUGGAGAAACCAAGCGAACAGGAUCGAGAGAGGCUCAGUCUGUGGUAAAGCGGCAGAGGUUGCAUAAGGGGGAAGCAUCCCUCAGCAAAAAGGCACGGACAGGAGCGGCAUUAACGUUUAACGAAAACGCAAAACACUUCGGUCCAAUAGAACUUUGUGUUUUUGACCGCAGCAGAGAAGAUGGAAUCAUUUCCCGGGAGGAGUGGAAACGGGUAGCGGCGGCAAUAUCAGCGGUUUUUAUGAAGGUGGUCAGUGGAAAUCCUGGGCCACCGCCGACGUGUGAGAGUGCCGGUUGGUACCAUGGACUGCACAAGCUUAUCAGAUGUGCCGACGAACGGUCGGCAUCCAUUUAUAAGGAAGCUGUAGCCAGAGUGGGGGAAAUUUGGAAAGGAGCAAGAAUCGAGGCGAUUAUUAAAAACGAUCUUCCACUCCGCCCUCGUGCUCGUGUCUGGCUCCCAGCUGAGCCCUCUAGUCCUGACGAAAUUGAAGAGAUAUUGCGUUAUUGCAAUCCUUCUCUACCAACUCACAACUGGAGGGUGAUCAGGUUAGAGAGUACUCAGAAACCAUAUCGGCAAGUGCUGAUACUCAUAAACAAGGAAUCACUCGAUCCUCUUAACCACGCAAAAGGAGUCAUAAACUAUGGUUUCGAGAAAGUUGUUCUCCAGAUUCUACCGAAAGACGUCAGGGACGAUGAUCCGCAGACUUCAUAUGUUUGUAUGUUUGAAGAAGUUGGUGAGAAUCUCGCACUUUCAGGUUUCAACCUAUAUUCCACAUGACGACAACGUAAGCCGCUUUCGCUUUUGCAAGUUCGGAUGCGAACUUGAGGCGCUUGGUCUGAGAGGUCGGAGACAUAAUUGCUAAAGAAGAGUCUGGUAAGAGGAAGUGGUGAAAUUUGCAUGAACAGUAAAAACAAAAUAUUUAUUAAUAUUAAAAUCGGGCGCUUCACAAGACUAAUCAGCAAUAUAUAUAUAUACUAGAAAGUGGCGGUAUUUCAAAAGACUGUUUUUCCUUAGAUACUUAUAUAGUGCUGUAAAGAGAAGCAGUUAGUAAUUUGUCGGUGGUGGUGCAAUUGAAGCAGAUAAUGUUAUGGUAAAUACCGAAGUAAUCG